AUGGCUCCAGAGAGCUACAGUAUUGGCUCGACUAAAGUCACUAACUUCAUAGUUGGUGAUAUUCAGUUGUAUAAAUCAAAUAUGAUAAGAUACUACAAGUUGACUUUCGUUGAAUUAGGAAUCAAUAUAUUCGACUAUUCCAACUACGAAAAGCAUUUUAAAUUCAAUGAAAUUUCAGAAGAUUUAUCUAUCUUUGUCAGCGACGAUGAGAUGGAUAGGCAGAUAGCAUUUGCCUCCACUUCUGAAAUGCAGAUUACUGAAUAGGAAACAUUGUGUGAGGAUGAUUUCAGUACAAACUUCAGGAGAAUCAGAUUGCCUAUGUGGCCCAAAACAUUCACAGUACUGCACAUUGAAUUCUGGUUCAAAUUUAAUAGCAUUGCAUCAAAUACUUAGGAUCCUGACAAUUUCCAUAUCAAGACUGUGCCAAGUAUUGAAAACUAAGUAUGCUAUUAGAUGCAAGGUUUCUCUUAUUGUCAGAGUUAUCAAAAUAAAGUGAGUAACUUGAAUUGGCAAAGCUACAUAUUAAUUUAUGACAAUAAAACGCCACUUUGGAGAUCAGCUCUUGAUAAUGAAUUUAAUGAUGCAACACCUCCUUUUAACACUGGUAAAAUUACUCCUGGUUUUAAAGCCUGCAAAUUUAGCUUUUAAUUUUGCUGGAGAUAUGCUAAGUUUCGAAAAAUACCUUCAUACCCUGGGGCAGGUCUAAUCGGAUACUGGCCUCUUUAGCGAGACUCAUAUGGGAACGAUUACCUUUCAGAUGAGUCUAUUAAUCCUCAAACAAUUCACCUAGAUGCUCCUGUUAAGUUCUGCUAAGAUCCUAAUAGUCUGGUGCUUUGUGAGUUUGGAUAUGUAUAUGUUGAAAUCUAAAACUACUGUGUUUAAGCUAUUGCAACUAGUGUCGAAUAUCAUUUGAAAGUGUUAACUCUGCCUACUUAGUAUGGAAGUAACUAAGUAUUAUGUAAUAAACUUGUAUAGUGA